CAGAAAAACAUCUCUAGUACCCAACCAAGCUUCAAGAGUUCCAGAAAGACUGCAUCAUCAACAAGGAAUCUUUACAGUUUUAAAAUUUGUUCUUGCUGAAAAUGAGUUCAACAAGCAGGGCAUGGAUAGCAGCAGUGAGUGUAGGAGCAGUGGAGGCAAUGAAAGAUCAGGGAUUGAAUAGGUGGAACCACACCAUGAGGUCAGUACACCAGCUUGCCAAGAACAACCUCAGGUCCCUGUCUCAGACCAAGCAGCUUUCUUCUUCUGCAUUGGCUUCAUCAAGCAGUAAAGCUAAAGAUCAAGAAAAACUAAAGAAGUCUGAAGAAUCAUUAAGGAAAGUCAUGUACUUGAGCUGCUGGGGACCAAAUUGAUUGAGCCCCCCCAUUAGUACUACUAGUUUGUGAUUUUUACAUUUAUUGGGGUGAUGUAAAACAGGAAAUUUUGGUA